AACGAAUUUGUUUCAGUUUUAAUAUUUGAGACCAACCCAUUUGAUACGGCCUUGAAUACGGGACAUAUAUAUAUUGGAGAUCGUUUGUACAUUUUUAGUUUGGUUUUAGAUUUCUUCAACGGAUAUCAACAUGGCCUCAGUAAAAUUGUUCUUCAUUGCUAUUUUGGUUGUCGCUCUGUCCCUCAACACCUCAGCUUCCGGCUUGGACCCUAGUUCGACUGCCAAGCCCCGAUUUGAGACGAAAAACCGAAAACUAAGUGCUGGCGCUCUGCAGUCACUCGCUGGUUAAUUACUAUAGAAAACUAUAGAUAAAAUUGCCAUUAUAAAAAUGGACCAAUAAUAAAUUAUUUUCAACGAA